GAAAGGCAUUCUGGGCAAAGGGCAGGAAAGGGCUCGCACCUGGACCCAGGCCCUUGCGGCGUGGGGACGCACAAAAAAACCUGAUAGGUUUUGCGGGAUGUUGCAUGUUGUUUUGGUAAUGCAAGGCCGAGGAGUUUCAAGAUUGGUUGAAACUUGCUUGAAUUUUUAAGAUUUGUUCUCCAAAAAGUCAUCUUUUUGACUGAGUGAAUGAGUGAAGCGGAUAGAGCCAGAGUGAAGAUCCUGUCCAUCAUGGCCCGGCGCCCUCGCAGCAGCAGAGCUUGGCAUUUUGUCCUGAGUGCGGCCCACCGAGACGCGGAUGCCAGGGCUGUGGCUCUGGCAGGGACCACUAACUGGGGCUAUGACUCUGAUGGGCAGCACAGUGACUCCGACUCCGACCCCGAGUCCUCUGCCCUGCCGCCGCCCAUCCCUAGCGCUGUGCCUGUGACCGGGGAGUCCUUCUGUGACUGUGACGGCCAGAGUGAGGCCCCCUUCUGCAGCAGCCUGCACUCGGCGCGCCGCAGCAAGGACAAGGACUGCCGCUGCGGGGAGGAGGACGAGCAUUUUGACUGGGUGUGGGAUGACCUGAAUAAAUCCUCGGCCACCCUGCUGAGCUGCGACAACCGAAAGGUCAACUUUCACAUGGAGUACAGCUGCGGCACGGCAGCCAUCAGGGGCACCAAGGAGCUGGGGGAGGGCCAGCACUUCUGGGAGAUCAAGAUGACCUCGCCGGUCUAUGGCACUGAUAUGAUGGUGGGCAUCGGGACGUCAGAUGUGGACCUGGACAAGUACCACCACACGUUCUGCAGUCUGCUUGGGAGAGACGAGGACAGCUGGGGUCUCUCCUACACGGGGCUUCUCCAUCACAAGGGCGACAAGAUGAGCUUCUCGUCGAGGUUCGGCCAGGGCUCCAUUAUCGGCGUGCACCUGGACACCUGGCACGGGACGCUCACCUUCUUUAAGAACAGGAAGUGCAUAGGUGUGGCGGCCACCAAGCUGCAGAACAGGAAGUUCUACCCGAUGGUGUGCUCCACGGCGGCCAAGAGCAGCAUGAAGGUGAUCCGCUCGUGCGCCAGCGUCACCUCCCUGCAGUACCUGUGCUGUUACCGGCUGCGCCAGCUGCGGCCCGACUCCGGGGACACGCUGGAGGGGCUGCCCCUGCCACCUGGCCUCAAGCAGCUGCUGCACCACAAGCUGGGCUGGGUCCUGAGCAUGAGCUGCGGCCGCCGCAAGCCACCUGCACCCUCCCCCAAGGCCACGGCCGGUGGCCCCGAGACCCGGCACUGCCAGAGGAAGCGCUGCCGGCGGACCUGACUCGUUUCCUGUGAAAACUGCCUUCCUGGGGCCAAGGGGCCGCCUUCUCCGUCCCUCCCUUUGGACCGGGCUCUAGGGGCAUGACUCGUGUGGAGGGCUGACUUCGCUGGGACAGGUCCCCAGGCCCCCAGAGCAUCUGCUCCCUGCACUGCAAGGAGGCGGCUGGCCCGGCUCUUCUGGACCGGCUGCGAGUCAGCGCCCAAGAGGAUGUGGUUAGAGGCGGCGCGGUUGUGCGGCCUUGUGGUUUCCUUCACUUGCUUUUUGCAUGUCAUCAGCUGCUGUUCCUCCCGUCCCAGACCGAAACGACCGUAAUAAACUUAGACUUUAUGUGAUGCCUCCGUGGUGACAGGAUGGAGUCCAGCUGAGGCCCACUGCUCUCCUCCCCUUGGGCCCGGCUGCAUCACAACACCCUCCAGGAGAGACCACCCAGUGUGCUUUCCUCCCUCCAGACUUUGUCUUAUUGUUUCUUAGAAGGUGCCACUCCCAAGUCUCCCCAUGAUUGGUGUGUGUUCCCCCUUCCUGACGCCCCAACUGGGCCCCGGCUCCGCAGUCGGUGUAUCCAGGACCCAGGGCUGGGGAAGCUCACCUCCUCCUCUCCUGCUCAUCCCAGUUACCCGAGAAUGUUCUGGCCACCCUGUGCCCUCCCAUGCACCCCAGGAGCAGCACCCUGUUCCCCCAUGCCCCGGGUAGUUGGCAGUUCAGCCCUUG